UUUUUCGGGCCUCAAACUUUGGGUCUGGGAUCCGUCCAUGUCCGCCGGAACAACAUGCAGGAAGAGGCGGAGGGCGGAGGCAUGGAAUCCAGCCGCGCUUCCCGGACGAGAAAUCCAUUCCUUUUGGGAUUAUUUAGGCAAACACCGAUUGCCGUUAGCAAUGAUCCGUCAAUCAGAAGGAUGAACCAGACCAAACCUCCUCAGUUUCUUCCUGUCUGCAAAGAAGGGAGAGACCUUAAGUGUGGUAAGUGGGGAAAUCUGGAUGAUUCCUUGACUUUCCUUCCCCCAUCAGUCACGAUUGUGGCAUCUUCUAAUGGUUGUCUUCUCUGCUGCACCGAUGGAGUAAAAAAUAUGGAUUACAUCGUGUGCAACCCUGUUACCAGAGAAUUCCAUAUGCUUCCACAACCACACAGGCUUUACCCUUAUGCCGCCACAGCAUUCAUCUGCGAAGGGGAUAAUGACUCACUGACGGGCCUACGUUAUGAGGUAUAUCGGGCUCAGGUGGCAAGUGCCGUUUCGUUAGCCACAACUUUGGAGUUGGAUGUAUUUUCCUCGACUACGGGCGAAUGGACACAGCUGUCUCUUAUUGCGGCCUCACCAUUUCAGCUGUCUGUCCAUCUUGGACCACCCCUUGUGUUUGAUGAUGUGAUUUACUGGAGGUCUUACUCUUAUGACUAUAUGAUUGCGUAUGAUCCCACUAGGGAGCUGGUAGAACUGAAGCCACUGCCGGAACGUGGCCAAAAUUUCAGAAUUUGGUCUGAUCAAAUAGGGCAGUCCGAGGGGAAAAUUCAAUAUGCUAGAGCAGAUAAUUUGGAAAUUGAAGUAUGGGUGUUGGAGGACAUUAAAAAAGGUGAGUGGACUAUGACCCAGAGAGUGAGUGUGGAAUCGAUGUUCCGACGGAAUCCACAUGUUGUUUCGACUAUCUACAUUGGUAUUCAACAUUUUCACCCGCGAAACCAGUUGCUUAUUCUCAUCACUUUCGACGGGAAGCCUUACUGGUACAACUGCCGAAGCGGAAGGCUGAGUGCCUUCCGAGGUUGUGCACGGCUAGGCUUGUCUUUUCUAUAUGAAUGGCCCUGUGAGCCCCGUUAUGAUUCUUGAUCUCUUUGAACGGAAUUGGAUCAAUGGACCAAAAAUGAUGAAGCUGAUCUCAGGAUGUCCUCAAGAAGCCUUAAAUAUUACUCCUACUACAACCCUAUGUACACUACUACUGGAAUUGCAACAUGUCAACACUUUCAGUACUAUUAUUAAAAUUUGAACUGAAUAAGGAAUUUGACAAGAAAUAUAUGUAAGUUUCGGAUCAGCUUAAUUAUCCCGCUCGAAACCAAUGGCUUUACACCCUUUGAACCUUCAUCGCAAGCUCCUCCAACUCCAAGCCACUCUCUCCACCCACUCCUUCGCUGCGGUGCAGUCAUCCUUCUAUCCGCCAUCUUUCAGGUACUUGAAGUUAACGUUUUGAUAUAUAAGCUCUCUUAUGUAUUGCAUGGUAUAAAAAUUAUGCCCUCAACGUAUUGUAAGAGGAAACUAUAUAAUUUAUAAUCUUCCAUCUAUUUUUGUUUCUAUAGAAUCUUGAAAUUUGCCGUGCCUUUGAACUUUGACAAAUAUUUUAACUACCAUUGUAAAAAUCAUGCCUAACAACCAUUACGUAGUUGUGGUUAAUGAUUAUUUGCUAUAAUUAUUUAUAAUUAAUCAUGAUAAUUAAUUAUUAAAAUUUUUGUAGUGACAGCAUGACAAUUACUUAAAAAGAGAUUUUAUAGAAUUAAAUGGCACACCAAUUGUUCUUGAUCUUUUGUAAUAGUUAAUAUUAAUAAUUUUACAACAUUUCAGCGAAAGACUGAUAUUGGAAUACGAAGAUAGAAUCCGACGGUAUUUUCAUCUACCAAAGUACAAAAAGCAAUAAUCAGGACUUGGGAGGAUUCUU